AAAAGCAGGACAUUGUCGCUCUACCUUCAUCAUCUACCCAUCUCUUUACCCACAAGUUGUCUUUCAGUCACAAACUACAACAACAUACUUGCGUAAUCGUCAUGGCCAAUACACCUCACGGUGGAAUUCUCAAAGACCUCGUAGCUCGUGAUGCUCACCGUCACGAUGAACUCGUAGAGCAAGCUAGAAAUCUUAAAGAUAUCUUCUUGACAGAGCGUCAACUAUGUGAUCUCGAGUUGAUCCUCAAUGGUGGUUUCUCCCCUUUGGAGGGAUUCAUGACUGAAGUUGACUACAUCUCCGUUCGAGACACUCUACGACUUGCUCCCGUUAACGGCCAACAUCAGGGUAUCGUCUUUCCCAUUCCUAUCACCCUCGACGUCUCCGAGGAAGACAUCAUGAUUUUGAGUUUGGAGAAGGGUGUUAGGGUAGCUUUGCGUGAUCCGAGAGAUGAAGCCGCAUUAGCUAUAUUGACUGUGGAGGACAUUUACAAACCUGACAAGCACCUCGAGGCAGAGGCCGUGAUGGGUGCAGAUGAUCUCGCCCAUCCAGCCGUCACUUAUCUCCACAAGCAUACUCAGGAUUAUUAUGUGGGAGGAAAGAUAGAGGCUAUACAGAAACCUACGCACUAUGACUAUGUCGCUUUACGAUACACUCCAUCCGAACUCCGAGCUCACUUUCACAAACUCGCUUGGAGAAAAGUAGUCGCCUUUCAAACUCGUAAUCCCAUGCAUCGAGCUCAUCGAGAGCUCACAGUUCGUGCGGCUCGUCAACGUCGUGCCAACGUUCUUAUUCAUCCCGUGGUAGGACUCACCAAACCUGGCGAUGUGGAUCAUUACACUCGUGUGAGAGCAUAUCAGGCUCUUAUGCCUUCUUAUCCAGAAGGAAUGGCUCAUUUGGCUUUGUUACCACUUGCUAUGCGUAUGGCUGGACCGAGGGAGGCUUUGUGGCAUGCUAUCAUAAGGAAAAACUAUGGAGCUACGCAUUUCAUCGUGGGGAGGGAUCAUGCUGGACCCGGGAAGAAUUCACAAGGCAAGGAUUUCUAUGGACCUUACGACGCUCAAGCACUCGUAGCGCAAUUCAAAGAUGAAUUAUCGAUUGAAAUGGUUCCUUUCCAAGCUAUGACUUAUCUCCCCGGUUCAGACGAAUAUCAACCAGUGGACGAAGUACCAAAAGGAACUCCGACAGCCGAUAUCUCAGGGACGGAAUUACGAAAACGUCUUCGGACUGGAGCUCAUAUACCAGAUUGGUUUUCGUAUGAUGGAGUUGUGAAAGUCCUUAGGGAGUCUUAUCCUCCUCGACCCAAGCAAGGGUUUACCAUCCUCCUGACAGGUCUUCACAAUUCCGGUAAAGAUACAAUAGCCAGAGCCCUUCAAGUGACUCUUCAACAAAACGGUACUCGUUCCGUAUCCCUCCUUUUAGGCGAAGCAGUCCGUGCGGAACUUUCCCCCGAUUUAAGUCAUUCACCAGAAGACAAACAUAUCAACAUGCUCCGAAUUGGAUUCGUCGCUUCUGAACUUACAAAAGCAGGUGCUGCAGUCAUAGCAGCUCCUACUGCUCCUUAUUCUCAUUCUAGAAGAGCAUUAAAAGAUGUUGUGGUAGGAUCAGGUGGUGGGAAUUUCUUUUUGGUUUGGGUAGCUACACCAUUAGAAUGGUGUGAAAAGGUUGAUAGGAGAGGUUUGUAUAAAAGAGCAAGGGAUGGUGAGAUUAAAGGUUUUACAGGUGUUGGAGAUAAAUAUGAAGAACCGGAAGAAAAAGAUGUGGAUUUGAAAUGUGAUUUAAGAGUUGAUACAGUACCUGAAAUCGUUCAUUCAAUCAUCAUGAUGCUCGAAUCUCAGAAUCUCGUAUAAUCAAUUUUGACGUUUAACGCUGGUCGUUUUGAGAUACAUUUCGUACUUGAUUCGAACGUAUACAUCAGGCAUUUGAAUGAGACAAUGUGCAUGGGAUGUGAUUUCAUUGUUCUUU